CGCCCGAAUCCGCCAAAAAGGUCUGGCAACGCUGGUUCUUAAACACGCGCAAGCAAAAUAUUUAAGAAAUGGAAAUCAGUAGCUAACAAUAGUGUAAAUAUUAUAUUAUUCUGCUGAAAUAAACCCCUUUCAAUAAAAACCACGCCACUACCUCUGCUGAAAGGAUUUCAUACAUAUAAGCUCCAAUCACCCGACACAAGCUAACAUGGCUGGAGUACUCUUUGAGGACAUCUUCAACGUGAAGGACAUGGAUCCGGAGGGCAAGAAGUUCGACCGUGUGUCCCGCCUGCACUGCGAGUCCGAGUCUUUUAAGAUGGACCUGAUCCUGGACAUCAACUCGUGGCUGUACCCCAUGGAGCUGGGUGACAAGUUCCGCCUGGUACUGGCCACCACGCUGCGCGAAGAUGGUUGCCCGGACAGCGGAGAGUACAAUCCAAUGGAGCACGAGGGCACGCGGGCGGACAGCUUUGAGUACGUGAUGUACGGCAAAAUCUACAGGAUCGAGGGUGACGAGGCACACAACGAGGCCUCCCGGCUCUCCGCUUACGUGUCCUUCGGGGGCCUGCUGAUGCGGCUGCAGGGUGACGCCAACAAUCUUCACGGCUUCGAGGUGGACCAGCACAUGUACCUACUAAUGAAGCGGCUGGCCUUCUAAAAUUUCUACCUACUUAUAUUCGUUCGCAAAUUAGACAUAAACAACAAACUUUA